CCGGUGUGAAAGUUGAGGCUCGUUCUAUAAGGUUUUUGUGGUUUGUGAAGCAGUGUGCUUACUUUUAUAGAAAUUGCUGAAACUACGUGACUGAGUAAUUAAUCAUUAUUAAAUAUGUCGUCUGAUGAAGUAAUUGGACCUGCUUUACCGCCCAUGUUCAGGAAGGAGAAUCCUGAAGACUCUGAUAGUGACGAAGAAUUCGCUGGUCCUGCGUUGCCUCCUGGCUAUAAGCGGGGAGAACCGUCGAGCUCCUCGGAUGAGGGUGAAGAGAAGGUGUCGUUCAAAAGAGCCAAGACUGGACACACAUCAGGAGACAGACCUGAAGAGGUGAACAAAGAAGAAGAUGAUGAUGGUUUCUUUGGACCAGCCUUGCCACCAGGAUUUAAGAAACAGCUGAGUUCACCAGAAAGGCCACCUGUGCUGGGACCUGCUUUGCCUCCUGGGUUUCGCAGAGCAGCAUAUGAAAAAGAUGAUGAUAAUGAUGGUGAAGACGAAGAAGAUUUUCCAGGGCCUGCCCUACCUCCUGGCUACAAGGCUGAGACCUCCAGCAGCGAGGGAGAGGACGAGGAUGUGAUUGGACCCAUGCCGGCCAAAGGACCAAUUCAAGACUCUGUGGCUCUAGACUUUGAGCGCAGAGCACAGAGAAUGAAAGAGAAACUGACAGGAGAUGAUGCCCCUGAGGUGCUGACCAGAGAAACAUGGAUGACGGAACUCCCACCAGAGCUGCAGCACAUCGGCUUGGGGGCUCGAACUUUUAAGAAGAGAUCGGGCCCAGAGAACAAGGAUCGCUCCAUUUGGACGGAUACACCAGCAGACAGGGAGCGCAAGACCAGGGAACGUCUAGAGGGAAAGAAGAAGGGUGAGGCGGAGAAAGACGACGUCCCACAAGUUUCACGGAAGGACUUGGAAAUGGCAGACAAAGUGUCUAAGUAUAAUGAGUCUAAACGUGCUGAGUCUCUGAUGAGUUUGCACACAAAGAAAAUGAAGGAAAAAGCAAAAGAGAAAGCUGACAAACCAGUGGAGAGGAGGCCAUUUGAUCGUGAUGCAGACCUGCAGGUGAACCGCUUUGAUGAAGCACAGAAGCAGCGGUUGCUGAAGAAGUCUCAGGAACUGAACACACGGUUCUCCUACAGCAAGGACCGAAUGUUCCUGUAACACACUGUCAAAAUGUAAAGAAAUGCGUAUGAACAUGCAGACCUCCACUUGCGGUCUGACCAGUAAAAUUUUCUUACAGGGUUUGUAUAACAUGGACUAUGUUUCUAUGGUGUAUGGGGUAAAAUAAACUGGACAAUAAAGACAUGGCAGACAAUUCAGUUUUCCAGCA